GCUGAACUUCUGGGGUUUGUGCAUCCUAAUUUGUUGUUCUAGCGCAUGGAAUUUGAAUGUGUCUCUCAUUGAGGGUGUGAAUGUUUGUGUUUACUGAUGGGUUUUUCUAUCUUGCAUUUUUGUGAUUCGUUGUGGGCAUGUUCUCAGGUGUUGAAGAAGUUCAGAUCUCUGUACCAGUGCAGCCUUGCCGAAGUUGCUCCUCCACGUCCCCUGAGCGCUCUAUGACCCGUGGGGAGGAGGAGGGUCAGAAGCUGCGUGUAGUUAUGAACACUAAUGAUCCAGACUAUGAGCAUAUUUACUCUAUAGAGACCUAUGAUGGUGAUGUUCCAAUGGUGGAGACUGCUGACUAUGACAUCACUGUCAAUAAAAGUCAGGGCGAAAAAUUCUCUGUUGAUUCAUUUAAAGCUGAAAGGACAAAAAGAGAGGUGCAAGGCGAAGACCCAUGCAUCUUGCCGAUGAACGAGGGUGAUUGCUCCCGCUAUACUCUGCGCUGGUACUUUAACUCUCAAGUGGGCGUCUGUAGACCUUUUAUCUACAGCGGCUGUGGAGGAAACUCUAACCGUUAUUUACAAAAAGAAGAGUGCGAGCAACAAUGUCUACUACAGUGAGAAGAUUCAUGUUGUAGCCUCUUUGGGCUUGAAGACGAGUGGACUCAAACUCAUCUUCUAUAUAUAUAUAUAUAUAUAUAUAUAUAUAUAUAUAUAUAUAUAUAUAUAUAUAUAUAUAUAUAUAUAUAUAAAACUUCAGUGUUGGGCACUGCCAUCAUGCACAAAAGAUGUUUCAGAGAGGUUUAGAGAAGGUAAAGAUUUAUAUCAACAUCUUUUUCUCAGCUGGACAAUCAAAUUCUAAAUAUUGAUGAGAUCUUAGAGAUUUUUCUUAUUUAUUUUGUAUCUAUUGAGCUGUCAAACAUUUGUUAAUCUUUCAACUUACUAUAAACCUGGUAUCAUCUACGGUUAUUUUAGACCCAGACUUGUUGCAUGGAAGGCAAAAGUAAAAUACAAGCAUAUUUUAAUAACAUGCUGUCCGUAUAUGCUUCUGUCAAAAUAAACACAAAUAGUUGCACCCAACUUGCAAACACUAUUUUGGUGCAGACACUGUAUAUUACUGUUAUAAAACACUUAUGGCACUUCUGUCAAUCACAGCAUAUCACAUUAUCUUUAAUUUCAUUCUUACUCUUUGACGUUGCAUAUUAACAUCAAAUGAACACCAAGACAUUUUCAUAGCUGCUAAGAACAUUACAAAUAUGGUUGCACAUAUUGUAAUUCUUCAGUUCUUUGAUUUAUCUUGUCUGGUUCUUAGAAUGUGUCUAUGAUGUACAAAAUUGUACUGUAAAUGUAUAUCUGUAUUUUUAUCAGCUUGAAAUUCAGAAUGAAUGCUCUUGUAUUAUCAGAUGGUGCAUGUUUAUCAAAUGGUGCUAUUUUUAUAUUGUUAGUUGAUUGUAAUGUUUUCAUGUAUCUAUGGCAUGGAUUAUAUUCAGUAUUUGUGCUCCAUUAUAGUAUGUACAUUACAGUCCACACACUCCUGUUCAUUUAAUGUGAUGAUGUAUUUUUCUUUGCACAAGACACCCCCUGUCAAUUUUAACAGUCAUCUGUUUCCAAAAGCCCAGAUAUACAAUCACAGUGAACCCCUAUUUUGGCUGGUUCUUCACAGACUGUUAAUUGAUCAGUUUUUUCUUUUUGUGUUAAACGUUUGCUGGGAAUACACAUUGACAUUUAAAAGGGAAAAAUAAAUAUGAAUCAAAACAUUCUUGGUUUGUUUUUAUGAAAAAUGUGAAUUUAUGUCAUUCUUAUUCUGUAGCUUUCAUUUUAACAAUGAAUGGUUUAUAGUCUACAGUCAGAGGUGGUAAGGCCCU